AUGACCGAUGAGCAGUCCUACCACCUGAACAAACCAAUGCAGGCCAAACUCCACUUUGUGUGCUGGUACUUCAUUACAUUUAAACCCACACCCAACAACUACCAGCAGUUCAUGGCUUUGGUGUUUGCAGUGACAGAGAUCAACAAGGAUCUGGUUCUCCUCCCCAACAUCACCUUGGGCUUCAACAUGUAUGACAAUGCCAAUUGGAACAAGAGAGUUUACUUGAUCAGCCUCUUUCUCCUCUCCACACGUGACCAAAUGGUUCCAGGCUACAAAUGUGACCAGCGGGACACUCUCUUCUCUGUCAUUGGAGGUGACAACCCCCAAUUCUCAAUGCCGAUGGCCUCCAUCUUCAGCAUCCUCAAGGUCCCACAGCUCAGCAUUGGCUUUGAGUUCAUUCAGGGAGACCGAAGAGUUUAUCCUUCCUCCUUCCGAAUUAAUCCCAAGGAAUUUCCUCAAUAUGUGGGUUUAGUCCGGAUGCUCCAGUAUUUCCAGUGGAACUGGGUUGGGUUUAUUGUCUCUGAAAAUGAGAAUGGGGAACGUUUCCUCUCAACUCUGAGGCCCAUGCUCAUGGAGAAGGAGAUCUGUCUGGCUUUCACUCAAAUGAAGGGGCCCUUUGCCAGGUGUGGCCUGAAGAGGUGCAAGGCAGGAGAGAGGAAAAGUGUCCCAGAGGGCGAGCAGGUUUGCUGCUAUCUAUGUACCCCUUGUCCAGAUAGUAGCAUUUCUGACCUGACAGAUGCAGCUGAAUGUGAUCCUUGCUCAGAAGACCGAUACCCCAACAAGGAUAAGGUCCACUGCAUUGCCAAGAAGAUCCACUUCCUUGCCUAUCACGACACCCUGGGCUAUGUUUUAGCUUCUUUAAUACUUUUCUGUUUUCUGAUCACUGUUGCUAUCCUGAUGAUUUUCCAUAAACAUCACAACACACCAAUUGUCAAGGCAAACAACCGAGAUCUCACCUACAUCCUCCUGGUCUCCCUCCUGCUCUGCUUCCUCUGCUCAUUCCUUUUCAUUGGUCAACCUGGGAAGCUCACCUGUCUGUUUCGACAAACUGCCUUUGCCAUCCUGUUUUCCCUUGCAGUUUCCUCUGUCUUGGCAAAAACUGUCAUGGUGGUUCUGGCCUUCAUGGCCACCAAGCCAGGAAACAGGGCAAGGAAACUCUUAGGUAAACCACUGACCAACUCCAUUGUCUUAGGUUGUCCCCUUGUCCAAGCAGUUCUUUGUGUCACAUGGCUGGCAACUUCUCCCCCAUUUCUCAACAUGGAUUUCCAUUCUUUGGCAGGAGAGGCCAUCAUAGAAUGUAAGGAAGGUUCAAUUUUAAUGUUUUACGCUGUCCUUGGCUACCUUGGUUUAUUGGCUCUUAUGAGUUUCACAGUAGCCUUUACGGCCAGAAAAUUGCCUGACAGUUUUAAUGAAGCCAAGUUCAUUACUUUUAGCAUGCUGGUCUUUUGCAGUGUUUGGAUCACCUUCCUCCCCACCUACCUGAGCACCAAAGGGAAGUCCAUGGUGGCCGUGGAGAUCUUCUCCAUCUUGGCUUCUGGGGCUGGUCUCUUGGCUUGUAUCUUUUUCCCCAAAUGCUUCAUUAUCCUAUUGAGGCCCAAUUUGAAUUGUAGGGAGAAUAUAAUAAGGCAAAAAAAUUUGCUGAUUUAGGUGGAGAUUGGGGGCUGUGAUUUUGGUAUUCAAUCUGAUUUCUAAAAUAAAUCAUGAAAUGCAAGGAAAUGUUGUCCAUUAAAUAAUUGGAAAUAACAUUAUAUGACUAAUCACAAAAUAUUUGUUAAUCGGUAACAAUCACCAAUCUUUUUAUU